AUGUCCUUUGCCCAUAAAGAAAGACCAGACACUUUGGUGUUGUUCGAUGUCGACGGCACCUUGACCCCAGCCAGAUUGACCAUUUCCCCAGAAAUGAAGCAGACCUUGGAGGCCUUGAGAAAGAAGGUCGUCAUUGGUUUCGUCGGUGGCUCUGACCUUUCUAAGCAAGUUGAGCAGUUGGGUGCCACUGUUCUCCAAGACUUCGACUACUGUUUCUCUGAGAACGGUUUGACUGCUUACAAGCUUGGUAAGGAGUUGGCCUCCCAGUCCUUCAUUGGUUGGAUCGGUGAUGAGAAGUACAACAAGUUGGUCAAGUUCAUCUUGAGAUACUUGUCUGACAUUGACAUUCCUGUCAGAAGAGGUACUUUCAUCGAGUUCAGAAACGGUAUGAUCAACGUUUCCCCAGUUGGAAGAAACGCUUCUACCCAAGAGCGUAACGAGUUCGAGAAGUACGACCUCGAGCACAAGAUCAGAGAGAAGUUGGUCUCUGCUUUGAAGGAGAACUUCGCCGACUACGGCUUGACUUACUCCAUCGGUGGUCAAAUUUCUUUCGAUGUUUUCCCAACUGGCUGGGACAAGACCUACGCCUUGCAACACGUUGAGGACGAGCACUUCAAGGAGAUCCACUUCUUCGGUGACAAGUCUUACAAGGGUGGUAACGACUACGAGAUUUACAACGACCCAAGAACCAUUGGUCACGCCGUCAACGAGCCUGCUGACACCAUCAAGAUCUUGAAGGAGACCUUCGACUUGUAA